UGGAGGUGGCGAGGAUGUCCCUUCGUUUUCAGCCAAAUCCAGAGAUCGAUGUUAAUAUUUAAAUCAAUUUCGACUCGCUGCUGCUGCGAGACAAAAACGGAAGUUUUGAGGCGAGCUUUGCUCUUAAACGGAGACAAAAUGGCACGCGAGUCGAAGACACUGCAUUUCAAGUCCAAGUUUAUAACGGCCGAGCUGGCUCGUCUGUUCAGCCAGUCGGACAGCGAGGAGGACUUUGAAGGCUUCAGUGAUGACGACGAAAGAGGCGACAGAAGACGUUUUAAAAUGCAAUUUAACACUAAGAUGUUGGAGUCCAAAUAUGGCAGUGAUGAGGACACAAGCUUCUACUCUGAUGGUGAGGAGACACCAGCGCCUAAGAGAAAAAGUCUCUUAGUAGCUCUCAGAUUUCCAGUCAAACAGUCGCCCACCCCCAACCGGGAGCCACAAGCAAAAAACCUCAGAAAGCCGGUUAAAGAAACCGUGGCGCAGAGGGUGAGGCAGAGGAUGAAGAAGCAGGAGGAGGAUGAACAAAGAGCGGAGGAGGCCGAGGAGGUGCGGGGAGAAGACGACGCCAUGUGCCAAAGCCUAAGGAAGCGGGAGAAAAACAUCCAGGAGAACAAAGCUAUGCUUGCUCAGCUGUUUGCUGAUCUCAGCACGAUGGCUGACCUGACUUUUCCCAACACCCCUCAAAAGAAGAAGCGCUCUCCGGUGAAAACAACGCCGCGCAAACGCAAAUUAGAACAGGACCGUGGCUCCGAAAGGAGGAACCCGUCCCGUAAAGCCCGACCUCCUGAGAACUUUGGGGUUGAAAAUGUGUGCGAGCCGUUGCCCCUCAGCGGCGCCAAGGCGAUAGAUCUCAGGAGACUGGUGGAGGUGGAUGAGGAAAAUGCCGCCAACGGGACGAAAAAGAGGCGGAGCCACAGGCGCAGUCAGUUCGAGUUCAAGUCGGUUGACGACAUCACCGAAGAGGACUUGGACAAUGUAGCGUUCCGCAGCAAAGACAAGAUCUGGGACAAGGACAAUGGAAGCUCGUGCCACCAGUGCAGACAGAAAACCCUCGACACAAAGACUGUGUGCCGCAGUGGGUUUUGCUCAGCAGGCAAAGGCCAGUUCUGCGGGCCGUGCCUGAAGAACCGCUACGGCGAGGAUGUGUGCACUGUAUUACUCGACCCGACGUGGUCGUGUCCUAUCUGCCGAGGGAUGUGUAACUGCAGCCUGUGUCGAAAGAAAGAGGGUCGCUGUGCCACUGGCAUUUUGGUCGGGCUGGCCCGCUACAAUGGCCACAACAACGUCCACGAGUAUCUAGAGAGAAUUCAGAAGGAGCUACAGUAACGACCAGAGAGAUGUUCCAAGUCCUCCUACAGAUUGAUAAAGCGCACAAUACUUUAGAACUCUUUAUUAAAUGUUUAUACUGUUAGGCCAGGUUUUUUUUUAUCUGGUUAGAUUGACUCUAUUGUCGUAGCAUAAAACAAACACUGCUACAGUAUUAGUACUGUACAGUUUUGUCAUCCCUUUUUUUACAUUUUUCUUUAGUGUUUUCAUUUCACUGUCCAGAACAAACCAAGAAUUCCUUGUAACACAUACAAAAACUCUGUAUUUACUACUGUGUACUUUGGUGCCUUUGAUAUGUCUUUAAUUUCGUAACUACACUUGUAAGUCAUAUUUCAUAUUUUUUGCCAUUAACCAUUACACCUCCUUAUGAAACGCCAACAAAAAUAAGAGAUGAGGUAAUUUAUAAAAGUAUGCUAUAAAAACAUAAUCACAAAUAAUGUAAAGAAUUAAAUUGUUAUGGCCACGAGGGGGCAGUGAUAAGGAUUUAUAUCCAAAAAAUAACUACACAGUAAACUGCAGCAAUACUUUUCUUAGUUUUUUGGGGUGAGGCUAAAGUAUAUUUGCCAGUUUAUUACAUUUAAAGUUGUUUCCAUUUGUGCCACAAUGCGAGUUUUAAUAGCCCGUUAAAGGUGUUUUUUGUUGUUAGACUUACCUAAGGCAAAGUUUGUAUUUUAAUUGCGCUUAUGUUGGGUCACACGUAUAUCAAGGUACCAACCACUGUCUCUUAAUUGUUAUCCUGCUGUAAUAAUCUAGUUAUAAUAAAGACCGGCUCCUGUUCUGAAUUCUCA